AAUUCCUUUUCGUAGUAUGCUGGUUGGGAUUGUGUGGAAGAUAAGGGAUAGGAACGUUAGAGUGGGUCCUGGCUGAUUCAUUUAUUUGUGUAUAUAUGUCCUCAGCUCUCAGCAACAUCUUCUUUCAUCCAUAAAAGCCGAAAAAUUCUCUUUGGUAAAAAGUAGUGAGUUUGGAAAGAAAGAGAGGAAAAGGAUCAAGAUCAUAAACGAAGAAAGAAUAAUAUCAUAGUGAACUCCAUGCUAUUUAUAUGAAUCAUUGCUUCUUGUUUCCAUGGAGGAAAAACUCUUGGCAGUGCUCAGUAUUAGCAGCCGCCGUCCUAGCCACUCCAUGUAUUGCACAUUCCAUAAACUGUCAGAUUGACAACGAGUAGAAUGGAAUCGACAAAGAGGACUGUUUGUCUGUAACUGGUGGGUUUGCCAGAUUUGUAAGCAAGAUUGUCUGGUCGAGCCCGGAUCUGUUUAUAUGUGCUUUAGGCAUAAUAAGAAACGGGGGCGGGGUAGAGCCGGAGAAGAGCAAGGUAUACUAGGAUUUCUCUUCAUUUUCUUUUCAUUCUGAUGAUGAAUCAGAAGUGUGAUUCGAAAUGUUGAAUCAAGAAAUAUCAUCAAAUUAAAUUAAGGAUUUUGUAGUUUAGUUUAGUUGGGUGUGAAAAAUUAGGGCUUGUACAGAAGGGGUACAGAAGGGGAUGCGGUCAGGAGGUUGCACGGUGCAGCACACAUUGACGGCGGAGGCCGCUGGUGUGGUGAAGCAUGCAGUGGCUGUGGCUCGUCAACGAGGCCAUGCACAGGUCACGCCCUUGCAUGUCGCCGCCACUUUGCUUGCGCCUGGCGGCACGACGCUUCUCCGCCGAGCGUGCCUCAAAUCACACCCUCACUCGACUUCUCAUCCUCUGCAAUGCAGGGCUCUGGAAUUGUGCUUCAAGGUCGCCCUUAAUCGCCUUCCCACCACCGCUGGUUCAGUCGUGCAGCCUGGGCAGCCGUCUCUUUCGAACUCCCUCGUGGCGGUUUUGAAGCGUGCACAGGCGAAUCAAAGGCGUGGAUGUGUUGAGCAGCAGCAGCAGCCAUUGCUUGGUGUGAAGGUUGAGAUUGAGCAGCUCAUCAUUUCGAUCCUCGAUGAUCCUUCUGUUAGUCGGGUCAUGCGGGAGGCUGGGUUUUCUAGUACUUUUGCGAAGAAUAAGGUAGAGGAAGAAAGCGCUUGUCUUAGUUUUCCAUCUUCUUCUUUGGAUCAUCACGGUGGUAAUGAGAUCUGCCGAUCCGCUGCUAAAAUCAAGGGGAUCAUGGCUGAAGCAGUUGAUAUGGCUGGUGGGGUGAUCUAUAGUCAUAAUGGUGUUAGUGAUCGUAGUUCCAGGUUUAAUUUCUUUGAUAGCCCUGGGUUCGAGAGGUUUAAUGGUAGUGUGAAGAAUGAGGACGUAGAGAGCGUGCUCGGGGUUUUGCUUGGACAGAAGACGAGACGAAUAAAUAGUGUAAUCGUAGGAGAUUGUUUUCUUCUUACUGAGAAUGUUGUGAGGGAUGUGAUGAGUCGGAUUGUGCGAGGAGAUGUUCCUGAUUUGCUCAAGGCUGUGCGCUUCGUUACUCCUCACUUUUCUUCUGGCACUCUUGGAAUGCCUGUAAGUAGGGAAGUGGUCGAGCAGAAGCUUGCGGAACUCAGGAGAGGAAUUAAUAACUGCCUUAUUGGAGGCUCGGCUAUCAUCUAUGUGGGUGAUCUGAGAUGGGUAGUUGAUGACAGUAAUGGGAAUGAUAAUAACAGGAAUAGGAAUGGUUACUGUCCAGUUGAGCAUAUAAGGAUGGAACUGGGACGGAUUCUCAGUUGCAGUGCAGAAAGUCGAAGGGUGUGGUUAAUGGCGACCGCGACUUAUGAGACAUAUAUGAGGUGUCAGAAGGGGCAACCGUCUUUGGAAACACUAUGGAGUCUUCAGCCAGUUCCAGUUCCUUCCGGAGGGCUAUCCUUGACUCUACAGCCCAGCUCGACCACCCAAGGUGAAGCAAAGAUCAAUGGCGUACGUGGUGAUGUUUUGGUCCCAAUUCCACACAAUGUCAUGUGGCAAGCGCCACCCAUUAAAACUAUCGACUUGGAGGACGAACCAGUCGACAAGCCUAAUUGCUGCUCUGAAUGCUCUGCAAAAUUUGAAGAAGAAGCAGAAUAUGUACGCGAAGAACACAAAAAACAGAGUUCAAAUGGCAGCCACUUGCCUUUGUGGCUUCAGCAAUGCAGCAACAAUAACAUCUCCAGGAAAAGUGCAACGGCGCAGGUGGAGGACAAGUUGGAGGAGCUCCGCCAAAAAUGGCACCAGAUAUGUCGGAGUAAACAUUCUCAUUGGGAACAGAGGCAGCGGUCUGCGUUCGAGAUCCCACACUAUUCGGCCUCGGUUUCGGGGGUAAAUUCUCAUCGACCAUGGUGGCGCGCCCCUCAAAGCCAUUCUUAUGGAUUGGGAGUGGAAAUGGGAGCGAACCCAACUCAGGCGUGGCCCGUGCUAUCUUCUCCCGCUUGUUCACAUCAGACUACACUUGGUAAUAUUGGGGAUUCGAGCAUUGACAGUGUGGAGGAAUCCUCGAGGUGUGAUGUAGAGACCACUCUGGCUCUCGGUCUAGCAGACACCAGUUCCCAAGACAACAACCAUGAGAGUUCGACACAGCCGUCCAACCCAGAAAGCUUGAAAGACAUGACCGAGAGGCUUGCACAGAAAGUACCAUGGCAAAGCGAGGCCAAUGCCUGCGCCAUUGUUAGCGCCGUUUUGAACUCCAGAUCUGGCGCAGUUAGAAGAGAGAAUGGCAUCAAGGGCGACACUUGGUUGUUGGCAUUGGGUCCUGACAGGAUGGGGAAACGAAAGACUGCUAAAGCUCUGGCUGAAAUCUUGUUUGGGUCUCAGGAUAAACUUGUUUGGUUUACGGGUAAGUAUCAAUGGGACAAACUUACGCAUGCCAUUGGGUUAAACCCCAACUGUGUUGUGCUGGUGGAGGAUAUCGAGCAGGCGGAGGGAGCUUUCAUGGAGGCGCUACUGAAAGCUCUGGGAACAGGAAGAACCAUGAAUUCCAAUGGGAGGGAAGUUAGCUUGUCCAAUGCUGUCAUUUUCUUGAGUUCUACCCUUGGAACCAACUGCUUCACUCAUUGCCCUUCUUCUCAAUUCGAUGAGGACAGCCUACUAGCACAUAUUGAAGGCUCCUCUUGGGGUUUAAAACUGAUGGUGCAGGAAGAUCAAGAACAAGUCGGAACGAAAUUGAGCAAUCAUAAUUUUAAGCGGAAGCCAGAAUGGGAUCCUGUAAAAGUAAAUCAAAGAGAGAAAAGGAAUAGACAGUCGCCUGUUUUGGACUUAAACUUGGAGACUGAGGAACAACAAGGCAUUGAAGCAGGCGAGAAGCUCGAUCACAUUGCACUUUCCGACCAAAUCAGGCAUUGCUUCCCAGAACAACUUUUGAAAUCCCUAGAUAAAUGUCUGGUUUUUCUUCCCUUCGACUUUGCUCAGCUUGGAGACACAAUAGUCGAGAAACUGCAUGAGUCAUAUGAUAGAGCUACCAAUGGCAGAGGGUUAUUUCAUGUGGAAAGCUCUGUGGUGGAGCGCCUGGUUUCAUGUUGUUGGGAGUUGGCUCCGUUGGGCACCCAGACAUUUGACAAAUGGGCUGAGGAAAUUUUUGAAGUGUGGUUGGGUCGAUUGCAAUCCACGCAUACACUUACAUCACAAACCAUUGUCAAGUUAUCGACAACAGAAAGUAGCAAUACCAAUUCUCUUUAUGGCAAUUCUCAUCUUCCAACAAGAUUCGAGAUUAACAGUUGCAAUAAUCAUGCAAGAUUCAGCUAUAGUGCAUAAUUGCCCUUUGUCAAUGUGACAUUUGUUCACUACACCUAGAAAUGUACCUCAAAUGCAUAAAGAUCCCAGUUUUGAUUUCAUCAUUGUGAUUAUCCUCAAUCAUAUCCCGGUUUCAUGCAAAUGUACCAAGUUCUACCAUUUCUGAGAGUAGCUUAUUGUAUGCAAAAGCACUAAUAAGCACAGGAGCUAAGAUGGGGGUGUAGUGCAAGCAACCUAGUUUCUGAAAGUCCCUAAAAGGAUCAUCUCUAUUAUCUGCCAAAUCCAUAAGAAUCCUUAGAUGUAUAAUAAUCGCAGCCAUCUCUGUUUCGCCUCGAACAAUUGAUAAUGAAAUAGUGUUUGGGCGCGCCACCCGUUAAAAGCAGCAGAGAGAAUUGAUUCUUCUACUUUUCUCACACCCCUUCAAUGUCCAUCACACAACUCUAAAUCUCUGCAACUAUGCAUGUAGGUCAUCCAUGACAAGCUAUUGCUGAGUACGCAAGUAAUUGUAAAUAUAUUGCAGCUCUAAAAUGUUUUAGAUAUUCAUCCCAUUUUUGCGGAUGAGUUGUUACCCGUAAGUUAAUGGUCAUGUUGUAUACGUCUACUUUUUCGGUAUCUUCUAUUUUUAGAUAUUUUCAAUUCUAUAUACGUUAUCAGA